CAAGUACUCCACCAAAGAAAACACAUAACAGCAAGGAUGUUCCGCUCAUCAUUAAGAUCAGUGCAGUCCGUCUGCUCACGGGCAACCUUCUCCACCUCCGCCCGGGUCUGCAACACGACCUCCAACGAAAAAACCGCCGAUGCCCUCUUCUCCAUGCUCUCCCAAAUUAAAGAAGACAAGCCAGCGGACCCCACCUCCACCUCCACCGCCCCUAAACUCGACUGGCAAGCAACCAUGGACAAGAAGUCCACCUCCGGUGCAGAUGCAUUGAAAUGGGCAACCCAACAAUCCACAGAAGACGACCCCGAAACACCCAUCAGGUUGAGCCGCAACACCAUACGCGAAUUCUCUUACGGACAAACGUACGAGCCCCGUGACUUCUCCUUCGAAAAGGCGGAAGAAGUCAGGUUAGAUCGGCGCCAUAAACGCGGUAUGGUCAAGAGGGACCGGAUCGAGGCUCUCGGGGUGAAUCCGGAGAAGGAAUGGAAGAAUCCGUUUCUUUUGAAUGCGUUCGUUACUGAGAUGGGGAGGAUUAGGCCGGCGAGCGAUACGGGGAUCAGUGCGAAGAAUCAGAGGAGGGUUGCGAGGGCGAUUAAGAGGGCGAGGGCGUUUGGUGUUAUGCCGGUGUAUUCGAAGUUCCAGGUUAGUGCGUCAAACACAAAUAGGCGUAACUACUAA